AUGAAUCCUUUCUCUUGGGAAAGCAGGCUGCUCCCUUUGGGUGUUACUGUGGUGUUAGGAGCAAUAGCUCUGUACAAAUUUAAGAAGAGUCAGAGCAGAACUGGGAGCUCUCCAGUGGUGCUCUGUCACUCAGUUCUGCUCUGCCUUUGGGGAGUCUAUUGCUUUUCCAGUUUGUCGAUCUUCUGGGGUUGGACUCUGUUCUCCCUGGCAUGUUGCAUCUCUUUGUCUUAUUCAACCAGUCAAGAAAUGCUACCUUUGGACAAGAGAGCUGUGCUGAUCACGGGUGGAGAUUCUGGAAUUGGCCAUGCCCUGUCAAAGUACCUAGAUGAGUUGGGAUUCACUGUAUUUGUUGGUGUUCUGAAUGAGAAAGGACCUGGAGCAGAAGCAUUGAAGAAAACCUGCUCCAAGAGAACGUCAGUUUUCCAAAUGGAUAUAACCAAACCAGCCCAGAUCAGAGAAGUUCAAGCUCAAGUUGCAGAAAAAGUGCAACAAACAGGAUUAUGGGCUAUUGUGAACAAUGCUGGGAUCUUAGGCACUGUGGGAGAUGGUGAGCUCCUUCCUAUGAAUAUCUACAGACAGUGCAUGGAUGUGAAUUUCUUUGGAGCUGUGGAGGUGACCAAGGCCUUUAUACCCCUCCUCCGGAAAUCAAAGGGAAGAGUUGUCAAUGUGAGUAGUCUUGCAGGAUACAUUCCCAUGAAGUUUUUAUCUGCAUAUUGUGCAUCCAAGGCAGCUCUGACCAUGUUUUCUACAGUUAUGAGAAUGGAACUUGAAAAAUGGGGCAUCAAAGUGGUAAUAAUUCAUCCUGCAGGCUUCAAAACAAACAUAUCAGGCACAAGGGAAUCAUGGGAGAAGCAAGAGAAGUACAUCCUGGAAAAUAUGUCCCCUGAUGUACUAGAAGCUUAUGGCCAAGACUAUAUCCGCUCUUCAACUUGGCCUUUCCUCCAGAGCACGGAAAAGUGCACCACGGACUUCUCCCCCAUACUCACAGACAUACUGAAUGGCAUCCUGUGCAAGAACCCAUCUGUCUUGUACACAACAGGGAUGUUUUCUUACCUGUAUCAUUGCUUAAUUUUCUAUUUUCCUGUUUCAGUUUUUGAUUAUGCUUCCAAGAAAAUUUUCCCAACCAAAACUCUGCCCAAAGCUUUAACAUGACUCAUAAAAGCUGACCUUUGUUAAGGUUACAAGACACAUUUAGAAACUCUUAUGGAAAUAAACCUUUUAGCUUCCCAUUAAAGUGACUUCUGUACUA